AAGACACCUCUGCAUUAUGCCUCGCAGAAUGGCGACCUCAACGUGGCGACAUUAUUGCUUGCAGCGAAAUCCGAUGUCAAGCUACAAGAUGCCGUUGGUUUCACGCCCUUGCAUUGGGCAGUUGUCACGGAGAACUUUGAGAUGACAGAGUUAUUAUUAGAUAAUGGAUCAGAUGCAGAAAUCAAAGACAACAAAAGAGCUUCUCCGUUACACUAUGCGGCGGUUGCUGCUGAGGUCGGAGACGUCGAAAUGGUCAAAUUGCUGCUGGAACUUGGCUCAGAUAUAUCAGCUCAAGACAGACAUGGCCGGACAGCCCUGCACCUAGCUGCU